UGAUUUGCAAUAGCGGGUGACUAUGGGAGGGGUUUACAGGUGUUAAUGGCGCGUCAUGAGGGAGUCUGAAGCCCUAAAGAUAAAUAACAGACCCAGCAGAGGGUGUUCUGGUCAUUUGGUUUGCGAUGGUGACACUGGGAAUGUUUUGAUGCUGUUGGAUCAGUGCUGAGCAGAUCGGGUGUUUUUCUAGCGAGAGGAAUUAUGAAUAAACUAUUCGGGUUCUUUCUGUCUGCUGUGGUGGUCUCUCAGGCGGUUUCGUCUGAAUCAGGAUGUGAAGGAGCAGAAUGUGGGAAAGCUGGAGUCUCUGGAAAGCCAAAACAACACGCGGAAUUCUUGAAUAAGUUCAACGAAAUGAACACGCAAACGCCGCAACGUCAACCCCACAACGCCGAGGCCGUGCUACCUUUCAUAGGACUGACCGGAGUUGCUAAACAAAGCCGUACCUGCUGCAAGAAUGGUGGAACGUGCAUUUUGGGAAGCUUCUGCGCCUGUCCGAAGCACUUCACCGGCCGCAGCUGCGAAUACGACGAGCGCCUCAGUGAUUGUGGUGUGAUUCCACAUGGAGAAUGGGUUCAGAAAGGAUGCUCGUACUGCAGAUGUGGAUAUGGACUUCUGCACUGCUUCCCGCAUGUUUUCAGCAAAGACUGUGACGACUCUCAGGAAGUUCGGUGGUACCGUUCAAGCUCCCUCAGAACGUUGUCUUCUUCAGUCGUCAUGUUUGUUGCCUUUAUUUUACCAUUUCUACUGGCAGUUAGUUUUCUUAACUAGGUUUUCUACAUAAAUGCUCUAUUAGACUAUACGAACAAGAUUUUCUUUGACAUUAAGGGCAGCAUUUAUUGGUGGCACUGAAAUGCGUUUUGCUUCCAGUGGAAGUGUAACUGGCUGUGUUAAAAGCAACUGUUUAGUGAAGGAAAAUGUACAUAGGAUUUAUAUUGAACAUAUAUUGUGUGUGUGUGUGUGUGUGUGUGUCAGUGCGCAGCCGAGCCAAAAUGAAUUCUGUCUGUUUCUAUGUCUCUGUAUGAAUUUGUUAUACAAGAGAACGCACUGGCUAAAAGUGAAGUGACUUUUUAUAUUCUGCAUCUGUUUUGCUUUUAAAAUAUGCACGUCAUCUGAACAAUGCGCUUGUUUUAAAGUCAAGUUCUCUCCUCAUCUGUGCUGGGAGCUUUGGUUUGCUGUGCUCGUCAGAGGAGAGAGAGGCAGAUAAUGCUCAGAUAGCCCGUGAUUGUUGACCUUUCGGCUAUUUUCUCUUAUCUUAUAUAAACAAUCAUCCAGCCAAUCAAUCUCCGUGACUAUCUUGACCUUCUUGAGUUGCCUGGUGAUGUACUGUAACACUCUGUAUGAUUGAGCGAAUGAAUUUGUCUCAUCUAAUUAAAACUCGCAUCAAUAACUGAGAUGACUGACUGUUUA